AUGACAACAUCGUUCCAGCCGACAACAUCGACAACAUCUUCGCAAAUCACUCAGUCGACAGCGGUACCUUCAACCUCCACCACAUUCGCAACAUCGCCUUCAGUCGCUGCCAUCGGUGUACCUACAUCGAAUGUAACCAUUCUAUCUUCAGCAUCGCCAACUAGUCCCUCUUCAACACCAACUCAACCUUCCAAACCUUUGUCGACUGGUCAGACUGUGGGAAUUUCCGUCGCCUCGAUCGCAAUCGCUGCCCUCAUCUUUGGCUUGUGUUUCUUUUGCUGUUGCUGCGUAAGACGUCGGAAGAAGGAAAAGAAGAACAAGAAGUCUGGCACACCAACAAGAAAGUGGUUCAAAACAAGCCAUCGUCUAGACUUCCAGGAUCAAUCUUCUCCAACUGGAUCCAAGUUUCCUCCUAAAGGUACUACCAAAUUAACAACCUCAUCCGGUCCUACUAGGCCACCAAGAUCCUUCCCAACAAGUCCAAACAAAUCGCCUCGCUCCUCGCUAAGCAGUUUCGACAAGUCGCUCGAAGCCACCACACAGCGUCGUUUCAGACCCUCGCUUCGACCCCAGUUGGAAUGGUGGAAAGAAUCGUCUCGUCUCGACAUACGCCAGGUACCGGACGGUCUAACAUCACACAGAGCGAGUAUCUACUCACCUAGUCGCAGUGAGACAAGAUCUCCUAGACUUCCAAACCCUGUCGCCAACAUCACGAUCAACGUGAANAAGGCGAGCAAGCACCUCAGACCUGAUAGUGCUGCUACUCGAUGGACAGUAUUUGAGGAGGAUAGCAGAACACCCACGCACAAAACGGUCUUGCCGAAUCCGCCUGUACUUCCCAAGCCAGUUUUCCUAUCACCAAUUCGACCUCCUCCUGGACCAAGCUUUGCGGAUCAAUACACAACUUUUCCAGAAGAGAUGACCAAGUCAGGCCUGAUGCUGCAAAUCCCUCGCAAGCCUGUAAGGAAUGACGAAGCCUCCCUGCCCAACGGCAUUUCCUUGGAUACGGGGGCCUCCAGAAACAAUCACUUGUCUAUGCCACCCAGCAGUGCUGCCAGCUAUCUUCCAGCCUACUACACCAGCUCUGACAGCCGCACCCCCGUAGCACCGAAAUGGAGUCCGAACGACCAUGAACGCUUCAGUCAACCCCACUUUGCACCAUUGCCUCUGGUGCCUCGCGGUGUACGCAGCUCGUGGGCCUCAGCAACCACAUUCGAGUCUGUCGACCCUGAUGAGACAACCCCUGAGAACGAGGUCGAUAGACAGCUUUCUCCCGUCUCGUAUCCCAAGGUUCCUCGACCUUCCAACCAAGCCAUUCCUCGUUCUCCUCCUUCCACUACGUCAAGUCGCAAGGUGACCUUGGCGGCAAAGAGACGUGGUGAAGAUCUGUCUCUGGAACUUGGCCGCGGUUUGACGAUUAAAAAUAUCAGAGAAGCACCCGACUCGCCUUUGAGAAACUACAGUCGCAGAAACCAGAAGAGAAACAAUCAGACUCCUCAGAUGGAACUGAAGAGUCCGCUUUGGGAGCCCAAACUCACGCCAAGCAGAAGGGGUGAUGACUUGUACCUUUCGGUCGAGGUCAAGGGUCGUUGA